UUUUCCAUAAAUUAAAAAAAAAUGCUGUUAUGACGCUGUUUUUAAGCUAUGAAUUAUUCUGCUUGAUCUGAUGUCUUUUACUUUAUAAAAUAAUAACUAAUUGCUAAUUGUCAAUUGUCUUACGGCACACACUCAUAGAACAGGUUCCAACACAACUAACAUACGCGCAAAUACAUUUGUUUUAAGUUUAAUAAAUAAAUAUACUGAAAAACCUGUAGAUAUUGAUUCAACUGUAUUUACACGUAAUAAUCGAUUUUAUUUGGAGUAUAUGCUCUAAAUAUAUUAACAAUACAAUAACUUUGAUAUCAAUUGACAUUUCGUCAAAACUGACCGUGUGCUACCUGCGCAGCGCUCGGAAACUCUACUUUUAUUUCUUUUUUAUGGAAGCUGGAGGACUUGGAAAUGGCUUACAAUUAGAUAGUUUCUAUUAAUGUUUAUUUAAUAAAGUAAAUUGACUUCUAAUAAUUACGUUCACAUGCAAACUCAGAAGUUAAAAAAACUAGUGGUGGACACCCGAAUACACUGUGUAACAACGUGGUAAACGCUAAGUGUGCACAUAAGGCUUAAAUUAAUUAUACAAUGCCUGUGGUAUGUGUGUAUUGAUGUGUGUGUGUGUGUGUAUGUGUGUGUGUGUGUGUGUAUGUGUGUGUUUAAUUGGAAAUUUGCAUAAAAAAAUAUAUUUUUUUUUAUGAUAGAGAAACUCAGAUACCAUAUUUGAUUUCAGAGCGUCAAAAUGGAUAAAAAUACUAUGGCUUAAUCUCAAGUGCAAAUAUAACAAUUUUUUUGUUUGCUUAUGUAAUCAUUACGUAUUGUUUACCUGGGCAUGUGUUUUGUUAGAAUGGUGUACAGUGUACUUGAUUUCUUCGCUUUCGACACUGUCUUUGUGCUCUUGAUAGCGAUAUGUUCAUGUUUAUGUACGUAGGUAUAACAUACUACAUGAACAGAAUGAUAUGCUACGUGUCAGAAUAUUAUUACAUUUAUUACAGUAUCAGGCGGUAUGACAAGUUGUUGAAAAUGAUGGAUAGAAUAAUGGAGUUUAAUCAAAAAGAAAGAAGUAUUCAUGAAAAACGUAUAGUAGCAUUAUGAUUUUCGCUGUCCUUUGUUCUGAUCAUGCACCUCCUGCAUUAUUACUAUACAUCGAGAGUACGUUUUCGCGGCCAAUUUUGUAUUUUACUACAUAUUAACUCAGUCGUUGAUCAAUAGCUUCAUUUUUUGAUAUUAUUGUGUAUGUAAUGUACUACAAAUUUUAUUUGAUAAAUAAACUGAUCGGUGUGCCAUAUAUUGCACAAAAUUAGAUGAAUCAAAGAAGUCCACAAUAGUAGUAAGUUCUUUUUAUUAAAAUGUUUAACAAAUUAUAUUACUUAUGUCUAUGAAUACAUUGCAACAAUAUUACUAUCAAGAUAAUAUAUAUUAAAAAUGUAAACUAUUAUGCAGGUAUUUGUGUUGUCCGGGCUGAACGAUAUUUAUCUUUUUGAUCUAUUUGAUCUUUCGAUCGAUCUUUCAUCUUCUCCUUUGUUCAAUGAAUUGUUUUAUCGUAGGUGUAGAAACUCUAUUCAGAAUUUAUAGUGGUGUCGAAACAUUUUAUGUUUACAUCAGUUUAUAGUAUUCUUUGUGUUCUUUAUGUUACACAAUUCAGUCUUCUGAUAUGCUGGAUUUGUACGCUUACACAGCAACAAUCCGAGAAAACAAUAAUAAUCACUAUGCAUUUGCACUGAAUUGCGAAAGCCUGGACCCAGGCUACGUCAGAAAUGAGGUUAAAAAUUCUUCAAUUCAAUUUUAACAGCAUCGAGUAGGAAUUACAGCUUCUAACUUCUUCGAAAUGAACAAUAUCCUUUUGAUUGAUGUGAGUACAUUACUUAUCUACUUUAUCGCAAUUUAUAGACAGCUCUUCUUGAAUUGUAAUGUAAUAUCUUUGGAAAAAUUAAAUGACGUAAAUUUAUUUUUUAGUUAAUGUAUUACUUCCGUUUAUUAUAGCACACAUAUUUACUUAAGAUUAAAAAUUAAUUUAUUUUUUUAAUUGUCUUAAUUGUUUCGAAUUAUUAGAUAUUGUCUGACCUUGCUUUUGCAUAAAUUUAUUUACAGAUACUAAGCUUUAGUUAAAUUAAUAAUUUUUUUAAUGCAUUUAGUUCAUUAAAAAAAUGGCAUUAUGCUGGCAUGCAAUCUAAUGUUAUAAAACUGCCGAGGUAAUACGUUGCUUUCUAUUCUGUGUGAUACAUCAAGGAGAAUUUACAACUCUCGCGCUUGUCGGAGUAUUUUGUGCGUUUCCAGAAAGCUUUACUAUUUUCUUCCAAUAUAUUCUGUAUCGCAAACGUGAAUAUAAUUAAUAGCUAUACUUACUCGUGAAGUCGCUGAUUAACAACAAGAGCCGAAAAUGGAAGAGAUUCAUAUCCAAAUGAGAGACAACUUGCCUUCAAUAGAGCAUAUCUUACGUCCAAUAACAUAUACCUCCUGGCUUCUGGGUGCCGGUGUUGCACAUCCGCGCAAAUAUCCCAAGAUUGUCACUAUAAUACUACGUAUAAUUUAUUUGAUCCUUUGUUUUAUUAGCAUGAUAUUCGAAAUGAAAGGUUUCUUCGAUAUCGACAUCAUCUUCUUAAACAUAUAUAGUUUUGUAGAAUUUAUCUACUAUGUGACGAGAUAUACAUUUAUGUAUUACUGCAUUUAUCAAGUGACUAGGCAAUACGACAAGUGGCCGGAACUAAUGGAUAAAAUAAAGGAAUUUGAUCAGAAGAUUAGAACGGAAAUACUUAUAAGUGACAGGCCAAUAAAAAUCUUGGAAGCGCUAGCGAUUGUAGUGACCUUUACUUGUUGUCCUUUGUGCAUAAUUGUGACUAUUUUGUAUUAUUAUUUUACAAAUCCAAAUCAGAUCAGGAGUAACAGAAUAAUUCCUUACUACACUUUAGCUCAAUCCCUCAUGAAUAGCUUUGUCUUUGAUGUUGUUGUUUAUGCACUGUAUUAUAGAUUACAAGCGAUAAAUAAAUUAAUUGGCCAAUUGAAUGAACUAUCCGACGCGCUUAAGAUUAGACGCAUCCGAGAAAUGCAUAAUGGUAUUUGUGAUCUUGUCAUCAUGGUAAAUGAUAUUUAUGGAUUUAAUCUUCUUAUCUGUUCAAUGAACUGUCUCGUUAUGGUUCUAUUUGAACUAUCCGCAAUCUACUUGGUAGUUACGAAAAUAUUCACAUCUUCGUUGAUGUAUUAUGUUAAACUUAUUAUUUCUUUGAUUCUGUACACCAUGCAAUUUGGUCUCAUAUGUUGGAAUUGUACGCUUGCUUGUCGAGAAUUUAACAAGACUGCGAUAAUUAUAUAUGCAAUUUUACUGAAUUUCAAACAUGUAAAUUUCAAACUAAAAGGGAGGCGGUGUCAAUCGAAUCUAGAAAUACGAACAUUAGUGAAAGGUCCGAACAGUUCUCAAAAUUCUAUUUGGAACAGCAGUCACUAUUGGAACAACAUUGCAGCAGAAAAUUUGCAACGUCGUCAUGCAGAAAAUCCACGCAAAAACUUAAAUUGUGAACGUAUUGAAAACGAGAUAAAUGAUUUUUUGAUUCAACUGCAACAUCGCCGAAUACUAUUUACGGCCUAUGAUUUCUUCGAAAUAAACAAUGGAGCGUUUUGUGCUUUCAUUGGCGUAAUCAUUGUUUAUAUGACAAUUUGUAUUCAAUUUUUUAAAAGUUGGUUAAUUAAACGUAUUGUAACUCAAUAAAGUAUUCCGACUUUUAUGUGGGAGGUACAGCGUGCUGUAGCUAAUGUGUCGCAAUAUCUGCAAUCUAAGUAGUUGUGCCGCAAUGUUUGUAACAUAAUGUAUCAGAAAUGUAUGUUCUUUUAUUUUCACAUGAAAUAUGAAGAAGAAUUCAUAACGCGCGUUUGUCAGAGUGUCUCAGUUUUAAAAAACUGUUAUAUAAAAAAAAUUGUUUUUUAUGGGAAAUUUAUACAAUAGCGUCCAUAUUCAUUAGCAAAAUGAGAUCGAUUAGAAAGAAGUCAAUGGAAAACAAUUUGUCAUUGCUAGAGAAUAUAUUACAACCAAUGUUAUAUACUUACUGGACAGAGAUUGCACACUCACAAAAAUGUUCUGAGGCUCUAACAAUAAUUAUAUUGUAUUGAAUAUAAUUUGAUGUGGUGAUUCGACGGAAUUAUUCGCGGGUGCUCCACCAAGAUAAAAUAAAGUACUCGGGUCUUGAUAACGAGAAGAAUUUAUUUAGCGCAGCGAUUUUUAGCGAAGACCUCGUCAGUAGAAUUCGUUUCGCUUGUCCGUACCGACAAUUGAUGUGUAUUAUUCGACGGCUAAGUACGGAGUCCCCGUCUCCUGCAAAUCCUUCAUUACUCUUCCCUACUGAACGCUCGAAAUCGCGAAGAGCUCCGAAGUUUUACGAUUGAACCGGCACAAUCAGAUCACGCACUGAUCACGAUAUAUGAUAUUUCACUGAUGUAUCAAACAAGUAUAUGAUCACAUUUAUAAUAACACACACACAUAAUACAGUAAUUAAUGAAUAUUACUUUAUUAAUCAGAAUUACUAAAAAAUAAUACAUAGUUACAUACACUAAAAACAUAGCAUGUACUCAUACAUAAUUUCUGCAAAAAAUUAUCUAAGAAUAAAAGUUCUUCUAGAAAUUUUUGAUUUAAAAUUUCAGAUUAGAGAAUUUUUAAUGCAGCUUUGAAAUAAAUGUUAUUAUAUCUUUUAUGUUUUGAAUUAUAUACAAGUGUUACCGUCCGGCGGGGUUAGGGUCGCGUAAAAUAUGGUAUUUUAAUUCUUUCCUUUAUUUUACGGGGAUAUUAAUUCUCCCUGCCGAGCGGUAACAGAGAGAGAGGAAAACACGGAAGUAAAAGAGGCGCGUGAUAGAACAUAAAUUUCUUUUAUUCCAACACAUCAAAGAAGGUGAUCCUGGCGGGGAUGCAUGUUCCUGGUCUAAGGGAUUGUAUGGCUACAAUUCUCGGUUUAUCCCGAAAGCGACUAUCCUCGGCUGUUGGGGAGUCAUUUGUGGCCCAUGGUGCUGAUUCGGACACUCUUGAUGGUGGGUCAGGAGGCCCAAAUAGUGCCUCCAAAAGUUCUCGCGGCUGUGGGAGAGACGCUGAAGGCCGAGACGCGAGAGCGGGAGGAAGCGGCCGCUGGAAUACACUGGGGUCGAACUCCCCGUGCUCCAAGAGUUCCUCGUACAACCUUUUUAAUUGUAUCUUUCGCCCUCCGCGUCGGGACCGUCCCAUGCUGUCCUGAGAAAUGCCAUUUCUUUAGUUCUCUUAAUUUAAUAGAUAUUUAAUGCAUCAGCGGCGAGUGAGAGAUUGUGAUUUGAAUGUUCGGACGGUGCUUCGCGCGACGAUUAUUAUUAUUAUUCGGAGGACGCUGGAUCGCUCUAAAGCGUGGAUCUGUGGGGACGAGAGACGUGUACCUGCCACCAUACGUGUGGGUGGAGGCGCCAAGUUUAGUAGCGGCACCGUCGUUGAUGUCCGCUCCGGUGCUGUCAAGAAUGGCGGUACGCUUAGAAGCGCGCCGAUCCCCGCGCCUACGCUAAACCCUUUUGGGUUCGUAGGGGCAGUUGACGGGGAAGGAUGCACGCUUCACAGCGCGCACCUUCCCGCACCGUUGGCUAGUCGUUUCUCGAAGGAUGGAUAGCGACAGAGAGAGAGAGAGAGAGAGAAAACCAGAGCGCACGUUUUUCUCCCGUGUUCUGCGAGGGAACGCUGAAAAGCGCUCGCUCAGCGGGUGACGGGGGCCGCCGCGUUCCGUACGGAACUGCAACUCUACGCUAUGCUUCACCUCUAACACCGUCUGUGGAGAAGGAUAAUACAAAAAGGGGAUCGAAGCACCACCGGUUGUGUUAGUCGCAAAUCCGCGACACGAAGAAAACAGGGAAAAGAAGAAAAGAAAAAAAAA